CACGUCUCUUCCUUUGGACAGGCGUGUUUCCCCAGGUCGGGCCCAGCCAACGUGACAGCCGCAGACCUCGGAAAAGGGCGCUCCGGCCCCGCCUCGAGGAUUUCCCCCGGCCGCUAGGGCAGCCUGGGCCCGCUCGGCCCAGCCCCUCACGGACUGCGGCGCGCGGCUCCCCGGGGCCCGGCCCGCCGAACGCCUCACUCCACAGCCCUCACCUCGCGGCGCCGAGUGUAGCGUCGCGGCAUGGAGACCGGCUCCGACUCAGAUUCUUUAUACAAUUGCAUUUGUACGAGUGGAUGAACAUACCAUUGGUGAUCCUGAGGAUUUUUGUCAAGAUUGGAUAAACCAUGUAUCACAUUGAUUGUAGAGAUCAGCUUGAACGAGUCUUUUUACGACUUGGCCAUGCUGAAACAGAUGAACAGUUACAGAAUAUUAUAUCUAAAUUCCUUCCUCCUGUUUUGCUCAAACUGUCUAGCACCCAAGAAGGAGUACGUAAAAAGGUAAUGGAACUGCUGGUGCAUCUGAAUAAACGUAUAAAAAGCCGCCCCAAAAUACAACUUCCAGUAGAGACACUGUUGGUUCAGUACCAGGACCCUGCUGCAGUUUCCUUUGUCACAAAUUUUACUAUAAUUUAUGUUAAAAUGGGCUAUCCUCGCCUACCAGUGGAAAAACAAUGUGAACUGGCCCCUACGCUUCUUACUGCCAUGGAAGGGAAGCCUCAGCCACAGCAGGAUAGCUUAAUGCAUCUUUUAAUACCAACCCUUUUUCACAUGAAAUACCCUGUUGAAUCAUCAAAAUCAGCUUCUCCGUUUAAUCUUGCUGAGAAACCAAAGACUGUGCAGCUGCUUUUGGACUUCAUGCUAGAUGUCCUUCUGAUGCCUUAUGGUUACGUGUUAAAUGAAUCCCAGAGUCGCCAAAAUUCAUCUUCAGCACAGGGUUCUUCUUCAAACAGUGGAGGAGGUUCUGGAAUUCCACAGCCUCCUCCGGGAAUGAGCUUUUAUGCAGCUAAACGAGUUAUUGGUGAUAACCCAUGGACACCUGAACAAUUGGAACAGUGCAAAUUGGGAAUCGUGAAAUUCAUAGAAGCUGAACAGGUGCCUGAACUCGAGGCUGUUCUCCAUUUGGUGAUUGCUUCUAGCGACACACGCCACAGUGUGGCAACGGCAGCAGACCUGGAGUUGAAAAGCAAACAGAGCUUAAUUGACUGGAAUAAUCCUGCCAUCAUUAAUAAGAUGUACAAGGUGUACCUUGGAGAUAUACCACUGAAGACAAAAGAGGGUGCAGUUCUGAAGCCAGAGUUGAAAAGGGACCCUGUGAGUACGAGAGUCAAGUUAAAGAUUGUCCCCCAUCUCCUCCGCUCUAGACAAGCUGCUGAAACGUUCCCAGCCAACAUUCAGGUGGUGUAUGAUGGACUCUUUGGUACAAAUACAAAUUCAAAGUUAAGAACGUUAUCCCUGCAAUUUGUGCAUCAUAUUUGUAUAACCUGUCCAGAAAUCAAGAUUAAGCCAUUAGGUCCAAUGCUUUUGAAUGGCCUCACCAAGCUAAUCAAUGAAUACAAAGAGGACCCUAAACUACUGUCAAUGGCAUAUUCAGCUGUUGGAAAACUCUCCAGUCGAAUGCCGCAUUUAUUCACUAAGGAUAUAGCGCUUGUGCAGCAGCUUUUUGAAGCCCUAUGUAAGGAAGAGCCUGAGACUCGACUUGCUAUUCAAGAAGCUUUAUCUAUGAUGGUUGGAGCAUACAGUACUUUGGAAGGGGCACAGCGAACUCUCAUGGAGGCACUUGUGGCUUCGUACUUAAUAAAGCCUGAGGUUCAAGUUCGACAAGUGGCUGUGAAAUUUGCCAGCACGGUGUUUCCCUCAGAUCAUAUCCCUUCCAGAUAUUUGCUGCUACUGGCUGCAGGAGAUCCACGUGAAGAAGUUCAUGGAGAAGCACAACGCGUGUUAAGGUGUCUUCCAGGUAGAAACAGAAAAGAAAGUACUUCUGAGCAGAUGCCUUCCUUCCCAGAAAUGGUAUAUUACAUCCAAGAAAAGGCUUCUCAUCGAAUGAAAACUCCAGUCAAGUACAUGACCGGGACCACUGUCCUUCCAUUUAACCCAGCAGCCUUUGGAGAGAUCGUUCUGUACUUGCGCAUGUGCCUCGCGCACAGUGCGGGGGUGGUGCCCACCUCUCAGAGUUUGGCUGAUAUGCAGGAUCAUGCUCCAGCCAUUGGACGCUACAUACGGACUUUAAUGUCAGGCGGGCAGACGGCACCCUCAUCAUCUUCUAACAAGAGUGGGGAAACUAACCCUGUCCAGAUCUACAUUGGCCUGCUUCAGCAACUGUUAGCAGGUGUUGGAGGUUUGCCGGUUAUGUACUGUCUAUUGGAAGCUGUGUCAGUGUAUCCAGAAAAGCUGGCUACUAAAUUUGUAGACAAAACAGAAUGGAUAAAGAGUCUGAUGAAUAGCAGUAAAGAAGAAAUGCGCGAACUGGCAGCAUUGUUUUAUUCUGUGGUGGUAUCAACAGUGUCGGGGAAUGAGUUGAAAUCAAUGAUAGAACAGCUUAUAAAGACUACAAAAGACAAUCACAGCCCGGAGAUACAGCAUGGAUCCUUGCUUGCACUGGGAUUCACGGUGGGAAGGUAUUUGGCUAAAAAGAAAAUGAGAAUGGCAGAGCAACAAGACCUGGAGAGAAAUGCUGACACCCUCCCUGAUCAAGAGGAACUCAUUCAGAGUGCUACAGAAACAAUAGGCUCAUUUUUGGACAGUACAUCACCCCUCCUGGCAAUUGCUGCCUGCACAGCCCUGGGUGAAAUAGGCAGAAAUGGUCCACUUCCAAUCCCCAGUGAGGGAUCUGGCUUUACCAAAUUGCAUCUUGUAGAAAGCUUACUAAGUAGAAUACCUUCCAGUAAAGAAACAAAUAAGAUGAAAGAACGAGCAAUCCAAACACUGGGAUAUUUUCCAGUUGGGGAUGGAGAUUUUCCUCACCAGAAACUCCUCUUGCAAGGUCUGAUGGAUUCUGUGGAGGCCAAGCAGAUAGAACUUCAGUUCACUAUUGGCGAAGCCAUUACCAGCGCUGCAAUAGGAACUAGUUCUGUGGCUGCCCGAGAUGCCUGGCUAGUGACUGAAGAGGAAUAUACUCCUCCUGCUGGAGCCAAAGUGAAUGAUGUGGUUCCAUGGGUGUUGGAUGUGAUUUUAAAUAAACAUAUCAUCAGCCCCAACCCACAUGUGAGGCAAGCAGCCUGCAUCUGGCUCCUUUCCCUUGUGAGGAAGCUAAGUACCCACAAAGAAGUGAAGUCUCAUCUUAAAGAAAUUCAAAGUGCGUUUGUUUCAGUUCUAUCAGAAAAUGAUGAACUUAGCCAAGAUGUUGCAUCAAAGGGCCUUGGGUUGGUUUAUGAACUAGGCAAUGAACAAGAUCAACAGGAAUUGGUUUCUACACUUGUAGAAACACUUAUGACUGGCAAAAGAGUUAAACAUGAAGUUUCUGGAGAGACAGUGGUAUUUCAAGGGGGAGCUCUUGGCAAAACGCCAGAUGGUCAGGGCCUUUCUACCUACAAGGAACUUUGUUCUCUGGCAAGUGAUCUUAGCCAGCCAGAUCUGGUGUAUAAAUUUAUGAAUUUAGCCAACCAUCAUGCAAUGUGGAACUCUAGGAAGGGUGCUGCUUUUGGUUUUAAUGUAAUUGCUACCAGAGCUGGAGAGCAGCUGGCUCCUUUUCUGCCUCAGCUAGUUCCUCGACUUUAUCGUUACCAGUUUGAUCCCAACCUUGGCAUUCGACAGGCCAUGACAAGUAUUUGGAAUGCGUUGGUCACUGACAAAUCCAUGGUGGAUAAAUAUUUGAAAGAAAUUCUUCAAGAUUUGGUUAAGAACCUUACAAGCAAUAUGUGGCGAGUUCGAGAAUCCAGCUGUUUAGCUUUGAAUGAUUUAUUGAGAGGAAGACCCUUAGAUGACAUCAUUGAUAAACUUCCAGAAAUUUGGGAAACGCUUUUUAGAGUACAAGAUGAUAUCAAGGAAUCUGUACGAAAAGCAGCAGAACUAGCUCUGAAAACUCUGAGCAAGGUCUGUGUGAAAAUGUGUGACCCUGCCAAAGGAGCAGCUGGCCAGAGAACCAUCGCUGCCCUUCUGCCUUGCCUUCUGGACAAAGGAAUGAUGAGCCCCGUGACGGAAGUUCGAGCCCUCAGCAUUAACACCCUUGUGAAGAUCAGCAAAAGUGCGGGAGCCAUGUUGAAACCACAUGCACCAAAACUCAUUCCAGCUCUGCUAGAGUCCUUGAGUGUAUUGGAGCCCCAAGUUCUCAAUUAUUUGAGCCUCCGGGCAACAGAGCAAGAAAAGGCUGCGAUGGAUAGUGCUCGGCUUAGUGCUGCCAAAUCCUCUCCGAUGAUGGAAACAAUCAACAUGUGCCUGCAAUAUCUUGAUGUGUCGGUGCUGGGCGAGCUAGUUCCUAGGUUGUGUGAACUGAUCAGAAGUGGUGUAGGUCUUGGAACUAAGGGUGGCUGUGCCAGUGUCAUUGUGUCAUUAACUACUCAGUGUCCUCAGGACCUAACACCUUACUCAGGUAAACUUAUGAGUGCUUUGCUUAGUGGCCUGACAGAUCGGAACAGUGUGAUUCAGAAAUCUUGUGCAUUUGCCAUGGGCCAUUUAGUUCGGACUUCACGGGAUAGCAGCACUGAAAAACUCCUGCAGAAGCUCAGUGGGUGGUAUAUGGAGAAAGAAGAACCUAUCUACAAGACCUCUUGUGCUUUGACUAUUCAUGCUAUUGGACGAUACAGCCCUGAUGUGUUAAAGAAUCAUGCAAAAGAAGUCCUGCCUCUGGCAUUUUUAGGCAUGCAUGAAAUUGCUGAUGAGGAAAAAUCCGAAAAAGAAGAAUGUAAUUUAUGGACUGAAGUGUGGCAGGAAAAUGUACCUGGUUCUUUUGGUGGCAUUCGAUUAUACCUGCAGGAGUUAAUUACUAUUACCCAGAAGGCUUUGCAGUCUCAGUCUUGGAAAAUGAAAGCCCAGGGUGCAAUUGCCAUGGCAUCAAUUGCAAAGCAAACUAGCUCUCUAGUACCUCCAUAUCUCGGAAUGAUACUGACCGCAUUGCUGCAAGGCCUGGCUGGAAGAACGUGGGCAGGAAAGGAAGAGCUGUUGAAAGCCAUUGCCUGUGUGGUGACAGCUUGCAGUGCAGAGCUGGAAAAGUCUGUGCCCAAUCAACCCAGCACAAAUGAAAUUCUUCAAGCUGUUCUGAAGGAAUGUAGCAAAGAGAAUCUCAAAUACAAGAUUGUAGCAAUCAGCUGUGCAGCUGAUGUCUUGAAGGCCACCAAAGAAGACAGAUUCCAGGAGUUUUCUGACAUUGUCAUACCUCUCAUCAAGAAGAAUUCACUUGAAAGUAGUGGGGUCCAGACAACCAAAAAUGAAGAUGAGAAUGAGAAGGAAAAGGAGCUCCAGCUGGAAUAUCUGCUGGGUGCCUUUGAAAGCCUGGGCAAAGCCUGGCCCCGAAACGCAGAGACCCAACGUUGUUAUCGUCAGGAGCUGUGCAAACUGAUGUGUGAACGGCUAAAACUCAGCACGUGGAAAGUGCAGCUAGGAGUCUUACAAUCAAUGAAUGCCUUUUUUCAGGGGUUAAUGCUUUUGGAAGAAGAAUAUGCAGAUCCUGAGGCUUUGGCUGAAAUUCUGCUUGAAACUUGUAAAUCAAUCACAUAUUCUUUAGAAAAUAAGACCUACUCAUCUGUGAGAACAGAAGCUUUAUCUGUGAUAGAAUUGCUGCUUAAAAAACUUGAAGAAUCUAAACAGUGGGAAUGUUUGACAUCUGAAUGCAGAGUGCUCCUAAUUGAGUCUUUAGCUACUAUGGAGCCAGACAGCAGACCUGAACUGCAGGAGAAAGCAGCGUUACUGAAGAAAACACUUGAAAAUCUGGAAUAAAUUAGAAGGGGAAGAAACAAACAAGUGCCAUGUUCAUUGGGGGUUGAAAUGGUGGUGUUCUUUGAAAAACCAAGUGGGGAAGAGUAAAGAUUAAUCUGUAGCAUGCAUCAUUCCUUGGCUGAAAUAAAAAGAAAAAGCCUUAAA